CAUGAACGUAUUCAUACAGGAGAAAAACCAUUCCAAUGCAAAUAUUGUGAGAAAUCAUUUUCAGAGAAAGGAACUUUAUUGAAACAUGAACGUAUUCACACAGGAGAAAAACCAUUCCAAUGCAAAUAUUGUGAGAAAUCAUUUUCAGUGAAGGAAAAUCUAUUGAGGCAUGAACAUAUUCACACAGGAGAAAAACCAUGCAUAUGUAAACAGUGUGAAAAAUCAUUUUUCACACAGCAGGCUCUUGUUGAACAUAUUCGCAUUCACACAGGAAAAAAACCAUUUCAGUGCAAUCUUUGUGAGAAAUCAUUUUCACUCAAGGGGAAUCUAUCUCGUCAUAAACGUAUUCACACAGGAGAAAAAUCAUUCCAAUGCAAAUAUUGUGAGAAAUCAUUUUCACAGAAGGGAACUUUAUUGACUCAUGGACGUAUUCACAGAGGAGAAAAACCAUUCCAAUGCAAAUAUUGUGAGAAGUCAUUUAUAGAGAAGGGAACUUUAUUGAGGCAUGAACGUAUUCACACAGGAGAAAAGCCAUUCCAAUGCAAAUUUUGGAAAGGGAAUUUAUUGACUCAUGAACGUAUUCACACCGGAGAAAAACCAUUCCAAUGCAAAUAUUGUGAGAAAUCAUUUUCACAGAAGGGAACGUUAUUGACUCAUGAACGUAUUCAUACAGGAGAAAAACCAUUCCAAUGCAAAUAUUGUGAGAAAUCAUUUUCAGAGAAAGGAACUUUAUUGAAACAUGAACGUAUUCACACAGGAGAAAAACCAUUCCAAUGCAAAUAUUGUGAGAAAUCAUUUUCAGUGAAGGAAAAUCUAUUGAGGCAUGAACAUAUUCACACAGGAGAAAAACCAUGCAUAUGUAAACAGUGUGAAAAAUCAUUUUUCACACAGCAGGCUCUUGUUGAACAUAUUCGCAUUUACACAGGAAAAAAACCAUUUCAGUGCAAUCUUUGUGAGAAAUCAUUUUCACUCAAGGGGAAUCUAUCUCGUCAUAAACGUAUUCACACAGGAGAAAAACCAUUUCAGUGCAAUUAUUGUGAGAAAAUGUUUUCACAAAAGGGUAUUCUAUUGACUCAUGAACGUAUUCACACUGGAGAAAAACAAUUCAGAUGUGUACAGUGUGAAAAAUCAUUUUUCUCACAGCAGGCUCUUGUUGAACAUAUUCGCAUUCACACAGGAGAAAAACCAUUUCAGUGCAAUCAUUGUGAGAAAUCAUUUUCACGUAAAGGAACUCUAUUGAGCCAUGAACGUAUUCACCCUGGAGAAAAACCAUUCAGAUGUGUAAAGUGUGAGAAGUCACGAAACCCAAAACCUGCAUGUUUUGUGGCGAAUGGAUGUUUGAUCAGCAGAAAGGCUGAAUGUAAGGUAUCGCAGUUGCCCGCUGCAUUCGGGUGUUCUGACAUGAAUAUCAAGGAUGCGGCUACAAAAAUGUAUGGUAUCAAUGGGAGCAAAACUCUAGGUCUGGGUAGUACUGCGAAAACUGAGGAAUGUAAAGUUCGGCGGCUGGGUGUGAAACGAAGGUUGAUACGAGAUACUAUUGAGCGUCCUUCUAAUCAGCUGGAAAAGGUUAAAAGUGAACUCCUUGACAUGUUUGCUGCUGACCAGUCUGAUGGAACAGUUGAACCAGCUAACACAUCUACUACAUGGCAGUCCAUGGCUGAGCGAGGGCUACGUGUUGUUCGUGUUAGAGAGGAGAGAAAUGUCCUCAGUGGGACCUUUAACCCGCCACCUGCAGAGAUCGACUGUGGACUACGUCAAUCUGACAUAUCUCCUAUAGAACAGACCAAUAUCAAAAGUGACCCAUGUGACAUAUCUCCUAUAGAACAGGCCAAUGUCAAAAGUGAGCAAUAUUACAUAUCUCCUAUAGAACAGGCCAAUGUCAAACGUGACCCAAGUGACCAAGUGACAUAUCUCCUAUAG